AUGGACGACUACAACGCCGCGCAGGCGCCGACGUGGCGCCAGAAAACACAGCACUUCUUCUUCCGCCGCGGGCUUGCCGCCCGGCCGCCCUACUUGCAGCACAUCUACGACCGCAUGCCACGGCGCAUCUACGUGAACCACGAGUUGCCCGCGGCCAUGCGCGAGCCGCACUCCGGCGCGCCGGUGCUCGCGUACCCGCGCAACAAGAUCCGCACCACCAAGUACACGCCGUUGCUGUUCAUCCCCAAGGACCUCCUCUACCAGUUCCGCAAGGUGGCCAACACGUACUUCUUGAUGUUGGUGAUCCUCGGCGCGUUCCAGGUGUUCGGCGUGGCCAGCCCGGGGCUCGCCGCCGUGCCGUUGAUCGUCAUCGUGUGCAUCACCGCGGCCCGCGACGCCUUCGAGGACUACAAGCGCGGCGCCAGCGACACGGAGCUCAACAACACGCCCAUCCACCUCUUGCUGGGCGUCGCCAACGCCAACGUGCAAACGGGCGCCGUGGGCGCGUGGCGCCGCCUCAAGAAGCGCUCGUCGCGCGCCACCAGGGCGGUCUUCGGCAUGUUCCGCAAGACCGGCCUCUUGUUCGCCAGCCGCGCCAAGCGCGCCCAGGCCGCGCGCCAGGCCGCGGAGGAGAACGACCUCGCGUUGCGCCGCGUCUCCACGGUGGUGUCGGACUUCUCGCUCGCGGAGGGCCGCCCGUCGAUGGCGCUGAAAGGCCCCCGCAAGCUGCUCCAGCUGCACGCGUCCCGCGCGCCGCCCGACAGCUUGGUCAGCCCGGACGUGCAGCGCGCGCAGCGCCACGGCGGCCUGUGCGCGGUGUUCAAGAACCGCAAGUGGAAGGACGUCAACGUGGGCGACUUCAUCCGCGUGCGGGCCAACGAGGAGGUGCCCGCGGACAUGGUGGUGGUGUCCACGUCGGACGCGGAGGGCAGCUGCUUCGUCGAGACCAAGAACUUGGACGGCGAGACCAACUUGAAGAACAAGGCGUCGUUGGCGUGCGGCGCGUCGUUGCGCCACGCGCGCGAGCUCGCCGCCACCAGGUUCUGGCUCGAGUGCGACGCGCCCAACCCGCUCCUCUACUCGUUCAAGGGCACCAUCCACUACGAGCACUUCGACCGGGACGGCCGCUUGGUCGACGCGGACGAGCGCGAGCCCAUCACCAACGACAACGUGCUUCUCCGCGGCUCCACCUUGCGGAACACCAAGUGGGUCGUCGGCGUGGUGGUGUACACGGGCUUGGAGUCCAAGAUCAUGUUGAACAGCGGCAUCACGCCGGAGAAGACCUCCAAGAUCUCGCGCGAGCUCAACUUCUCCGUGAUCAUCAACUUCGUGGUGUUGCUCGUGAUCUGCUUCAUCUCCGGCCUCAUCAACGGCUUGUUCUACGACCGCCAGGACACCUCCCGCAUCUACUUCGAGUACGCGGCCUACGCGAGCACGUCCGCCGGGAACGGCGUUUUGUCCUUCUUCGUGGCGCUCAUCAUCUACCAGUCCUUGGUGCCCAUCUCCUUGUACAUCUCCAUCGAGAUCAUCAAGUCCGCGCAGGCCUUCUUCAUCUACGCGGACGUCAAGAUGUACUACGAGCGCUUGAACUUCCCCUGCACCCCCAAGUCCUGGAGCAUCUCCGACGACUUGGGCCAGAUCGAGUACAUCUUCAGCGACAAGACCGGCACCUUGACCCAGAACGUCAUGGAGUUCAAGAAGUGCACCAUCGACGGCAAAUCCUACGGCUUGGCCUACACCGAGGCAAAGCAGGGCAUGGACAAGAGAAACGGCGUGGACAUCCUCAAGGAGUCCGAGCGCUGGAACUCCGCCAUCGCAGAGGACAAACUGCAGAUGGUGCAGAACAUCCGCGCUUACACCAACAAUGACCAGUUCAAGGAGGACGCCUUGACCUUUGUCUCCAACGAUUACUUGAUGGACACCAUCUUGCCCGAGACCAUGGACAAGGCCCAGAAGAAAGCCAACGAGGACUUCAUGUUCGCCUUGGCGUUGUGCCACACCGUGGUCACUGAGGAUAGUGAGACGGACCCCGGCUUUAGAGACUUCAAGGCUGAGUCCCCGGACGAAGCGGCUUUGGUGGCCGUGGCAAGAGAUCUCGGCAUAGUCUUCCGCGAGCGCUUGAGAAAGACUCUUGUCCUCGAGAUUUAUGGAAGACAGCGCAAAUAUGAGUUGCUUCACAUCAUUCCGUUCACUUCCGCAAGAAAGAGAAUGACCUGUGUUCUCAAGGACGAGGAUGGGAAGGUGUUCAUGUACACCAAGGGUGCAGACAACGUCAUCUACCAAAGACUCAGCUCCCUGACUUCAGACAAGAUGUUGAAGAAGACUGCGUUGCACUUGGAGGAUUUUGCCAAAGAAGGCUUGAGAACUCUCUGUAUUGCUUCAAAGUCUUUGGACGAACACCUCUUCAAUCAAUGGUACGCCAGAUUCAAGGAAGCCAAUGCCUCGAUCGAUGACUCUAAGGAUGUCAUCAUCGAUGAGUUGAACGAGGAAUUGGAGCGCGAUCUCAUUUUGCUCGGCGGAACUGCUAUCGAGGACCGUCUUCAACAGGGUGUGCCCGACUCCAUUUCUAUUCUAAGCAAUGCAGGCCUUAAGCUUUGGGUUUUGACUGGAGACAGAAUCGAGACCGCUAUCAAUAUUGGAUUCUCGUGCAAUUUGUUGGGCAAUGACAUGAAAUUGCUCGUUGUGCGGCCCGAGAAUGAUCAGUCAGACAUUCAUUAUAUCGACGACCUCAUCACUGGUUACUUGCAGGAGGAUUUUGGAAUCGCAGUGUCUUCGCCGGAAGAAAUCCAGUCUGCUAUCAAGAGUGCCAAGGCCGACCAUUCCAUCCCAACAUCCAACACGGCCUUGAUCAUUGACGGUGCUGCAUUGACCUUGGUUUUCAAUGAAAACGAGGCCUUGAGACAAAAGUUUCUCCUUUUGGGAAAACAAUGCAAAUCAGUAAUUUGUUGCCGUGUUUCUCCCUCACAAAAGGCUGAGGUCGUGCAGGUGGUGAAGAACAAUCUCCAAGUCAUGACUUUAGCUAUCGGAGACGGAGCCAAUGACGUGGCCAUGAUUCAGGCCGCAAAUGUGGGUGUGGGAAUUGCUGGAGAAGAGGGCAGACAAGCAGUGAUGUCCUCGGACUACGCCAUUGGUCAAUUCCGCUUCCUCACGCGUUUGCUUUUGGUGCAUGGAAGAUGGUCGUAUAAAAGAUUGGCAGAAAUGGUUCCAUGCUUUUUCUACAAGAAUGUGGUGUUCACGUUCACCUGUUUCUGGUACGGCAUCUACACCAACUUUGACGGCUCUUACCUUUACGAGUACACCUUUUUGAUGUUUUACAAUUUGGCUUUUACAUCUUUGCCAGUUAUCAUUCUCGCAGUGUUUGACCAGGAUGUGUCAGAUUCCGUGUCUUUGGUGGUUCCGCAGUUGUACAGGUCGGGCAUUUUGGGAGAAGACUGGUCCCAAUUCAAGUUUGUGUGGUAUAUGAUUGACGGACUCUACCAGUCAGUCAUUGCGUAUUUUUUCCCUUACUUGAUGUAUUACAUCACCUUCCAAAACCACGAGGGCUUGCCUGUGGAUCACAGAUUCUGGAUCGGUGUGUUGGUUUGUGCAAUCUCUGUGGCUGCCUGUAAUAUCUAUAUCUUAUUGCAGCAACGAAGAUGGGAUUGGCUAACGUUGUUGAUCAAUACUUUGUCGACGUUGGUGGUCUUUUUCUGGACUGGAGUGUGGGGUGCUCGUCCAUGGGUCGGUGAGUUUUAUGCUGCCGCACCUCAGCUUUUUGGCACGUUGGGCUUCUGGUGUUGUUUCUUCGUGGGGACUGUUAUUUGUGUCUUGCCCCGCUUCGUUUAUGAUUUCUUCAAGAGAAACUUCCACCCAAGAGACAUCGAUAUUAUCAGAGAGAGGGCUGCCGUGGGUGAUUACAAAGAUUACCCAAGCGGAUAUGACCCUACGAAUAUUGAGGAUAUCGAAAGGCACAGACUCCUUCAGCGACUCAAUGAGGGAGACACAGAAUUAUUAGAGAAGAUAGAACGUGCCGUGGAUCCCGAGACAAAAUCGGAGCACUCUAAAGAAGAUCACACGAUUGCGCGGGCGUUCAAGUCGAUAAAGAGGAAAACGACGAUUUCGAGAUCGAGGAAGGGCACGGUGAGCAACCAGGCCAAGUAUAACAAGGAGCUCUUGGAUAGACCUAUUAACUUGAGUCAGUUGAGGAUGGAGAUGAUCCGCCGAGAGCAUGUUCAGGGGUGGUCUUGA